AUGAGCUCCUACUUUGUCAAUCCGCUGUACUCCAAGUACAAGGCGGCGGCAGGAGGGGGCGAGCCGCCCAUCAAUCCCGCUUACUACGACUGUCACUUUGCGCCCGCCGCCGCCGCCGCCGCCGCCGCCCUGCUCUACGGGAACAGCGCUGCAGCCGCCGCGGCCGCUGCAGCCGCGGCCGCCGCCUCAGGCUACCCCCCUGCGCCGCCGGUUCCCGGGCCCGGCCCGGCCGUCAGCGGCGCGGACUACUUCCACCCUUCUCCCCACGCUCCUCUUCCUCCUCCUCCUCCUCCUCCUCCCCACUCGCAGCAACAGCAGCACCUGGCCGGGGGGAGCCCCUCGGCUUACCAGCCUCCCCCGCCUCCCCCGCCUCCUUUGCAAGCCCCCUGCUCCGGCCUGCCUUGUUCAGCCGAGCCGACCAAGUUUUACGGAUACGAUAACUUACAGCGACCGACGAUUUUUACGACACACCAAGAGGCCGAGCUGCUUCAGUAUCCCGACUGUAAAUCGUCCUGUGCUAAUAUUGGCGAGGAACCAAGGCCCUUAAAUCAGAGCGCGUCUUCUUCUCCAGUGUUUCCCUGGAUGAGACCACAAGCCGCUCCCGGGAGGCGGAGAGGGAGGCAAACCUACAGCCGUUUCCAAACUUUGGAGCUGGAAAAGGAGUUCCUGUUUAACCCCUACUUGACCAGGAAGAGGAGGAUCGAGGUCUCCCACGCGCUAGGACUGACCGAGCGGCAGGUCAAGAUCUGGUUCCAGAACCGGAGGAUGAAAUGGAAAAAAGAGAACAACAAGGACAAGUUCCCGGCCACUCAGCAAGAGGGGAAGGAAGGAGAGAUCAAAAAGGAAGCCGACAGAGACCUGGAAGCACAAGCCUCGGUCCCAGCAAAUUAA